AUGCCCCCCCCGAAUCCCGACUGGGUCAAGGCCCUCAAGCCCUCCGGCCUCAACGGACAAGAGCUGCUGGAGCAGGAACGAGCCAGGUCAAACGUCAACGUGGACAAGCUCGCCGAAUUCAUGCACACCAGCAGGGUGCUCGAGAGAAACGCCAAAAUCUUGGAGAUUCUGCAGUCCGACCCCGUCUUCGACAAGUCCCGAAACUACUUCAACGGCCGCAUCGAGAGAAUCGAGGCCGCGCUGGCAAGGGCCAAGGCCUUGAGACGGCUGUCAGUCAAGCAUCAAUGGGACGAGGACGAGUACACGGCCGCCAAUGACCUCGUUGGCGAGCCGACGCCGUACGGCUUGCACGCCACCAUGUUCUUGAAGACGCUGCAGGAGCAGGGCACGCCCGAGCAGCACAAGCUGUUCCUCGAAAAGGCCCGGAACUACGAGUACAUCGGCUGCUACGCGCAGACGGAGCUUGGCCACGGCUCCAACGUUCGGGGUCUCGAGACCACGGCCACGUGGAACCGGGAGGACAAGACCUUUAUCAUCCAUACACCACACCUGACAGCCUCCAAGUGGUGGAUCGGCUCGCUCGGAAAGGCGGCCAACCAUGCGGUUGUGAUUGCGCAGCUCGUCAUCGACGGCAAGACGUACGGGCCGCAUCCGUUCUUCGUGCAGAUUCGCCAUCUCGAGACGCACAAGCCGUUGCCGAACAUCCACGUGGGCGACAUUGGCCCCAAGUUUGGCUACAACACCAUGGACAACGGCUUCCUGCUCUUCAACAGGGUCAAGGUCCCCCACGUCAGCCUGCUCAGCCGCUUCUCAGGCGUUGACCCCGAGACGGGCAAGUACAUCAGGCCCCAGAACCCGGCCCUCGUCUACGGCACCAUGACCUUUAUCCGAUCCCAGAUCGUGCUACAGUCCGGGUCGGUGCUGGCCCGAGGCGUCACCAUCGCCGUCCGCUACUGCGCGGUCCGCCGGCAGUUCCAAGACCGCGACGGCGCCAACGACGAGCUGGGCGAGAACCAGGUCAUCGACUACACCAUGGUCCAGCACCGUCUGCUCCCGCUGCUGGCCGCCACGUACGCACUGCACUUUACGGGACGGGCCAUGCUGAGGCAGUACAACGAGAACCAGAAGCGCCUGGCCGCGCCCUCGCCCUCCUCGCGGGCCAACCACGACAUGCUCCCCGACCUCCACGCGACCUCGUGCGCCCUCAAGGCCUUCUCGUCCACCGUGGCCGCCGAGGGGCUCGAGGUGUGCCGCCGCGCGUGCGGCGGCCACGGAUACUCUGCCUUCUCCGGCAUCGGCAGCUGGUACGCCGACUACCUGCCCACCGUCACCUGGGAGGGCGACAACUACAUGCUCACGCAGCAGGUCGCGCGGUACCUGCUCAAGUCGGCGCGCGCCGUCGUCGGGGGCAAGCCCGCGUCCAACGACGUCUCGCGCGUCCUGGCCGAGUUCAGGGCGCGGCAAGACAUCGGCGCCGCCUUUGACAUCCUCCACAGCGACGCCGACCUCGUCAGGGCCUUUGGCUGGCGCGUGGCCUUCCUGACCUUUGAGGCCCUCAAGCACCGGGACGAGGAGAAGCAGGCCUGGAACAGCCUCCUCGUCGACUUCUGGCGCCUGUCCACCGCCUUUGCGCAGUACCUCAUCAUCAAGGAGUUUCACGAGACGCUCCAGGACGACGCGACCACGUCGUCCCUCGACCCGGCCACCACCGCCAUGCUGCGCGGCCUGUUCCGCCUCUUCGCGCUCAACUACCUACAGUCGCACGCCUCCGAGUUCUUCACCAGCGGUGCCUCGACCGUCCGGCAGAUCCAGCUGGCGCGCACGAGGCGCACCCUCUCCCUGCUCAAGGAGAUCCGCCCCCACGCCGUCAAGCUGGUCGACGCCUGGAAGUUCUCCGACUGGCAGCUCGACAGCUCGCUGGGUCGGUACGACGGUCGUGUGUACGAGGACAUGUUCCACCGGGCUUCCGAGAUCAACCCCCUCAACGACAUUACCUUUGAUCCCUACCCGGACUCAAGUGUCUUGUUCCGGGCCGACAACCGGGCGUCGAAGCUGUAA